AAGGCUAGACUGUCGGCGAUUGACGCUUUAGUUUGUUUUAACUCCUGUCAGCAGCCUUGUCGACUGAAGAAGAAAUCAAAAUUGUGUGUUCUCGAUACUUAUUGAUAAUCUUCCACAAUGAAGAAAUAUUUCUUGAUCUUGGCCUCGUUGAUGAUGAUUCUGGUUACCGCUGAGAAAUAUUCUAGGAAAUACGAUGAGGUGGAUGUGGAUAAAAUUCUUCAAAGCAAUCGUAUUCUCAACAAUUACAUUAGAUGCCUGUUGGACGAAGGACCAUGUACUGCCGAAGGUCGCGCAUUAAGAAAGAUUCUACCGGAUGCUCUAACAACCGAUUGCAGUAAGUGCAAUGAUGAUCAAAAGGCUGUGGCAGAAAAAGUAAUACAUCAUCUCAAAACAAAACGAUCCAAGGAUUGGGAUCGUCUUGUUGCCAAAUACGAUCCUCAUGGCGAAUAUAAGAAAAGUUAUGAAAAAUUGUAGCUCUCUUUUUUUCAAGUAUUUUAAUUAUUUUAAUUAUAAUUUAUAAUUACAUAUUUUUGUAAAAAAAGGCUAUGCAGUUAUUGUAAAAUAUAAAAUACCCGUCUUUAUAGAAGAUACAAAAUAUAAAUAUAACACAUGUUAAUGAUAUAUUCGAAUGGAAUUUGGUUAAAUACAAAACAAAUAUAAAAUUUA